CGUCGCAAGCGCAUCGCUGGCAGCGCUCCUCGCUUCCUGUUGAUUCUCUGCCAAGAGUGCGCGGAUGCAGCUCAGCGAGGAAGCUUUGCCUGUGAGUUUUACUCGGCAAUGCGCGCUCAGUAACGGCGAAAGAAUUUUCUUGUAAGUGUUACGGUACUUUCAAAGGAGUCAGAACAUUUCUGUAGGUGCAACUACUGCGACAACAAUUUGAGACGGCGCUGCAAUCGUCUAGUGACGCGUUACUGGCUAUAGAAGAGAUAUAAUUGUAUAGAUUUUGACACUCGUUCCAACAACUAUUCGCUUUUUCUGUGCUGCUGGCAAGUGACGGAAGCGAUGUUCCAGAUACGAGGGCGACCCUUUUCGAGAGUCGAAACGCGGCCGAUAUCUACGUACUCAUCCCUGAGUUCCGUCACAGGCACAGGGGACCGUAAUAUCCUGCUGACGGUGGACACGUCUUCGUUGUCUUCCUCUUCGUCUGGAGGAUACAGUGGCUGUGUCAAUGCCGGCGUGGAAUCGGACCGCGACAGUGAAACUGGGACUGCGGCCAUCGGCCAAUUGGCGGAGACACUUCUGAGGCAGCCGGUUUCCUCCUCCGUCAGCGUCAGCAAGUCAGAUGUGCACUUGGGGCACACCCUUAACUACAAUGGUCCUGUUACCAUCAAACUCAGCCUACAACAGCAGUCUGAGCAUCACACAACAACGUCCCAGUCUGAGUCACAACCUGAGCCUCAGCCUCUGAAUGGACAUCCGUCUCAAGAAAUGCCUCAGAUCGGACAAUGGCGUCGCCAAGAACUGCUGUCUCACAUUCAGCCCAAGACUCAGUUUCAACCAUCUCCACAACAGCAGCUGGUGUCUCAGCCUCAAACUCAGAAUCAGAUUCAAGAUCCUCCUCAACAGCAGCCACUGGCGCAGUCUCACGUUCUGGCUCAUACUCAACAAAACCGGCGGGAACGCAUUCUCAGCACGAAACAACCAGAGGGAAUGCUGCAGCGGAAUAUGGAGAUGGCGUACGGACAAGAUUUCAGGACAGUGAAGCCAUCUGGGUGUCAGCUGAUAGCGGCGGAGCUCGCUCGGAAGGGUCAGUUGACUGGGCUGAUCAGAGACGUGGGAGCCGACGUCGUGCAGUCCUGCUGCGAGCGCAACAUGGCCUUCAUCGUGCUGCUCGUCGUGCUCGUCAUGGUCUGCGGAAUCUCCUUGAGCCUGGUGGUCGGGUACAGGCGCAACGCGUCACCAAGCAGACCCAGUGUCAAUACAACGGUAAAAGGUACAUCGCCGAACGAGCUAAAUACGGAGAACCCACAAAACAUUACGGUUGCUGUGGGCCAAGAGACAGGAUGUAAUAGGGGAGGACACAAAGAGGAUAAACCCUGCAAGGGUAGAAACAAUAACAGCGAUUCGAAGCCAAAACACGAGCAGCCAACAACGCGUGAAUACAAACCUACAACUACAACGGAGAAACAAAUUUCGGAUAAAACUACAAUUGCAACAGAGAAAACAAAUUCUGGACAAACCUACAACUACAACAGUCAAACAAAAUUCGUACAAACGACUUCAGCCAAACCUACAACUACAACGGAGACUCAAAUUUCGGAUAAACCUACAAUUGCAAAAGAGAAAACAAAUUUUGUACAAACCUACAAGUACAGUGAAACGAAAUUCGUACAAACGACUUCAGUCAAACGUACAACUACAACGGAGACUCAAAUUUCGGGACCCUUACAACAUUUUCUGGGGCAAAGAAUGGACAGCUUGUGGACCAUAUAUUAACACGAUUGCAUCAAAUUUGACUUCGGGAACCACAACGUUGGGGAGGAUUAUAAUCCUGUAGGAUGUGUAUAGGAAGAUCCCAAUAGCAAUGUGAAGGUUUGAAUAAAAACGGAACAAACGAAAAAAUACAGGAUUCGUCAAGUAUCGCUGUGAUAUUUUACUAACAACAAGACACUAUAUUAAUUCUAGCUGUCACCAAGUAAAUGCAUCUGGGAAUAAUUUACGCAGCUGAUGAUUACAGUGAGAGUGGAUAUCAUCUUUAUACUGUGCUUUCCUAACAUCCUUCAAGGGGAGGCAAGUCUUAAUUGAAAUGUCCCUGGAGUCGCCAGUAUGCCUGUAAGGGUACUCCAACAGAUCAAGAAGCAUUUGUAAUUUCUGAAGAAAAUUCAGUCAUCCUUCACCACCAGAAAACAAACAUCCUAGUCAGCAGCUUAACAAAUCCCCCAGCCGCAUUGCAAACGCCAAUUUUACCGAGAAAUAUAAUGUCAUUAAGCGUAUGAAAGUAGUCACGGAAAUCUAUUCCAGGAGUUGACAUUUAGUGCGUUCAACUUUUGUGGUACUGUACAAUUCUUUCUUGAUGUUUUCUUAUUAUUCUUUCCGAAGAAUAUCUCCGAAGGACCAUCACGAUUUAAUACCUGUUACUUUUCUUCUGUUUUAUCAUUGAAGAUGUGUCGGCUGAACCUUACAUAAUCAUAUAAUUACCUUAUAUGUUUUUUUUUAAAUUCCUGAAAGACAUUUAUUGAUGUAUGUUUAAUAAUGAAAUACAAUAAUUAAUUUUUAUGGUGUUUAACGGCCGUGUCAAAGAGAUAGGUGUUAAGCGUUACAGCUUUUUCCGAGGAUAUUACAAAUGCAUACCUGAGGUUUUCGUUCUUGUACUUUAGUAAGCUUUCUGUCACAGCUGCAUGAGUCACCAAUACAAUCCAAACAGCGAUAUAAACAUAAAAACUUAUGUUACAGGAAUCAAGCAAUUAAAUUUUUUGGUUUGUGUGAUGUAAGA